AAAAAAGAGAAAAAAAAAAAAAAAAAAGGCCGUGAGACGAAGCUCCGCAACUUUUACCGUCGAUACGUUCCGCGCGCGAGCGUAGAUGAGGUGGAGCUGCGACGUCGUUUUAACGCAUCGGCGUAUGUCGCCGUAAUGUCCGCGUGUCGUCCAUUGAUGUUGUUUUGACGCGGGUGACGUAGGCGUGACGCGCCUACGAGGCGAGGCGACAAGCGGAUCGGCUGCGCGUGAUUAGAGGACCGUGCCCCGGUGACGGACACCGACCGGAGGGUUUUCAGAGCUGCGCACUUGGGGAUUAUUAUUUUUUUUUUCGAGCAAAAAAAAAAAAAAAAAAAGCAGACGUCUGGAGCGGAGUGCACAACAUUUCCUCCGUGUGUAGUUUGUUUGUGCUGCGGGUAAGCCGCCUGAAACCACAUCCCCGCGCGCUCAGCGCUGUGAACACACCUGACGUGCUCCGCUCAACGUGCAGCUCGCGUGACGUCGUUUCAAAAUAAUAGAAGUUGCACAUGAGAAUCAGGUAACUUCAGUUUGAGGUCAAAAGGUCAUCAAACAAGAAGAAGAAGAAGGAAGACGUCAACAGCACCAUGAAGACGAAUGAACUGACUUGCGAAGAGGCCGACUUCGCAGAAGUCUUUGGCCUCAAUGUCGUCAGCUGACCUCUGACCCCUUGUGGAUUAAAAAUGGCACUUUGGCCGGGACAGGGAAGGAAGCGCUACAUCUCACUCACCGGGAACAAACGUGGUUGUUUGAAACAGGAUUACACAGACUAGACAAACCUGUGGUCUUUGUUCGAUGGGAGAAACAUGUUUCAUUGAGGAUGCAAUAAGAUCUGUGUGGGAGACGUUGCAAAAGGAAAACUGAUUACAAAAUAGAAAUCGGAUCAAGGAUGGAGCAGGAUUUCACACAGCAGGCUCUCUCGUUUCUCUCGUAACUUGUGGAUAACGGACAUUUACAUCCACUAGCCUGGACUAACAUUAGCCGGUGUUGGUGAAGAUACCUUGACACGCAGCUUACGUCCCUUCCUUCCUGUCUGUGAAUGCACUGACUCUUCUAAAGCCACACGGUGACCUUUAACCUCAGCUUUGAACUGUGACUCCUGGUUAGUAUACGUCGUUAAAAAAAAAGACUCCAAACAUGGCUGCCACGGGAAGGAAGCACUUGGUGAAGGACUUUAACCAUUUCAUCACCUGUUACCUGUGCCGAGGUUACCUGAUAAAGCCGACCACGGUCACCGAGUGCCUGCACACCUUCUGUAAGAGCUGUAUUGUGCAGCACUUUGAGGACAGCAAUGACUGUCCUAAAUGUGGCAUUCAGGUCCAUGAGACAAACCCCCUGGAGAUGCUCAGGUUGGACAACACCCUGGAGGAGAUCAUCUUCAAGCUGGUGCCUGGACUCAGAGAAAGAGAGGAACAGCAGGAAGUUGAAUUCUGGAAGAAGAACCAACCCAGAGAAAACGGUCAAGCCGAAACUGUGGUGUGUCAGCGCGUCGGGGGGCCUGAUGCCGGAGGCGAUUACGGUGGCGGAGGCGGUGAUGAUGGUGACGACGGCGACGACGAAGAUUACCACAGGAGCGACCCUCAGAUAGCCAUCUGUCUGGACUGCCUGCGCAACGGGGGACAGUCGGGGGAGAGCACUGUCACGGAUUUGAUGAAGAGGUUCAUCCGCUGCUCCAGUAGAGUCACAGUGGGAACGAUUAAGAAGUUCCUCAGUCUUAAACUAAAGCUGCCGAGCUCUUAUGAGCUGGAUGUGCUGUGCAACGGAGAGAUCAUGGGAAGAGAUCACACUCUGGAGUUCAUCUACAUGACCCGAUGGAGGCUACAUGGAGAGAAUACGUAUCCCAUGGUUCUUGAGUACCGCCCACGGAUCGACUUUGGCUGAACCACAGCUGCAAGAAGAGGACCACACACACACACACACACACACACACAGACACACACACACACACAUACACAAAUGCAGACAUUCAUAACCAGUAUGGAAAACAUUAGCAGCACCUACAUUUGCGUUUGGACAAAGACAAAUACAAACAUGAUGUGCAGAGAAAGAAAGAUUAAAUGUAUUUUUGUACAGCCAAUGAUGAAGUGCAUACGUUGUCAUGGUAAAGAGGUUUUAUGCUACAUAGAAUAAUAUAUGCUAUUAUAUAUAUGAUAUUUUUAAAUGUUUGUCCCUGUGCCUAAAAACCUGUUUGAAUGAAGUAUGACCAUAUCUUCACUUUGCCUGUCUAACUAGAAUAAAUGUUGAUUUUCUACUGUU